AUGUUGGACACCCAGCUAAGAGAAACUCAAGCUUUGGUUUUGUCUCCAACCCGUGAACUAGCUUCGCAAAUACAAAAAGUCAUCCUCGCCCUAGGUGACUACAUGAAUGUUCAAUGUCACGCUUGUUAUGGUGGGACAAACAUUGGGGAAGAUAUUAGGAAACUAGACUACGGACAGCAUGUCAUAUCUGGAACUCCUGGUCGUGUAUUCGAUAUGAUACGCCGUCGCAGUUUACGAACAAGAGCUGUUAAGUUGUUUGUUCUGGAUGAAGCCGACGAGAUGUUGGAUAAAGGGUUCAAAGAACAAAUUUACGAUGUUUAUCGGUAUUUACCCCCUGGUACACAAGUAGUUCUCCUAUCAGCCACAAUGCCUCAUGAGAUCCUCGAAAUGACGUCAAAGUUCAUGACCAAUCCUGUUCGGAUUCUGGUAAAACGCGAUGAAUUAACUUUGGAAGGCAUAAAGCAAUUCUUUGUGGCAGUAGAACGAGAAGAAUGGAAAUUCGACACUCUUUGUGAUUUAUACGAUACACUCACUGUCACUCAGUCUGUUAUUUUCUGCAAUACUAAACGUAAAGUUGCAUGGUUGACGGAGAAAAUGCUCAAAAACAACUUCACUGUGGCUUCUAUGCAUGGUGAUAUGGUUCAGAAAGAGCGAGAAGAAAUUAUGAAAGAUUUCCGAGCUGGGGAUAGCCGCGUCCUCAUAACAACAGACUUGUGGGCACGAGGUAUUGAUGUCCAACAGGUAUCUCUUGUCAUAAACUACGAUUUACCUAACAAUCGUGAACUUUACAUCCAUCGUAUAGGUCGAUCGGGCCGUUUUGGACGUAAAGGUGUAGCGAUUAACUUUGUAAAAACGGAUGAUAUAAAAAUCUUACGCGAUAUUGAACAGUACUACUCUACACAAAUUGAUGAAAUGCCAAUGAAUGUUUCAGACCUUGUAUAA